AUUUCUUUGUUAUUCGUUUAAAAUGGUAUUAUGAAUCAGAGCAAAUUAAAAGUUUUGUUCAUGAAUUAAUUCAAGAUGAUUUAAUACUUCGAGAAUAUAUUGGUGAUGGAUGUAUUCAUUCGGCAAUGCUUGAAAUUGAUAAACAAGUUAAAGUAGAACAUGUGACUUAUGUUUCUUAUGGUCACAAUUUGCAUGUGAUGCCACUGGGAUACGUGGAAGUAUUUUUUCAUGUAGUAAAUGCAUUGCAUGAUGAGAUGAACAAAUCAUGUCAACAACUGAUAGUACUCCAGGGUAUUGAAGGCAAAGUAACAAGAAUUGAAAUGUCCUGA